UUCUCCCCCUCGCAGCCUCGCUCAUGCUGGCGGCCCGGCGGAUCAUCACUCACUAGGCGGGAGUCGACUUGAACGGACGUUACAUAGAACAUAAGAAAAUAAGGAGUCUCUAACACUCCUCGCUCUCCGUCACUGUGAUUCCUCUUUGGCCACCAAUUUGAUAAAGUAUUGGCGUACCUUCCUGGAUGGUUCUGACAACACAACUAGUCAUCAGACUGCGGUACACUUGUCAUACUGGAGCUGCACUCGAGUGACACAGCUGAACAUGACUUCCUCCUCAACCAUGGCAACCCACGAAGACCUGGAAGAAAUCGAUGUACAAGUGAAGGAGGUGUUCCCUGGGUGGAUUUACUGCGCCUCAGCCAAAGAGUUCUACCGCCAUGACAGUAUACUGAAGGUUGAAACUCAAAAACGUAUCUUCUACACUCUAAGAACCUGGCAUGGAAAGGACUUAAGUGAUUUAAAACAAGAUGAAGCACAUCAAGACAGACGUUGGGUAAAAGACAUAGGCAUACUAGAUUGUAAGAACAUUCUUCUUGUUCAGGGAAGUAAAGUCCUCGAGGAGGAAGGUAGAAACAUUAUCCCAGACUGUUUUAAACAUACUGUGAGUUCAGUUAGCCGUAAAUACAAUGCUCACAUGUUGAUGUUUUUCUCAGAGCAUAUAGAGGAUGAUGAUAUAGCUAGAAUGGAGACUUCUCUUUUAAAUGUAUUAUUUAAAAAUUCUAAGUUUGUUGUCCCCCCAAAAACGGCGACAAAUUUUAAACAGGCACAUGUGUAUAGCAGUGAUAAUGAUACAGUUUCCCCAGUUACCAAGACAUCAGCCAAGAAAAGUGGAGACGACUUCUGCCAUAUACUUAAGAAUUCCAAGGUUUCUGACACCCCUUACUCUGUACGUCUCAUGAAACCCAUUAUAAUGGCUACAGGUGACCCAUUAGGAGCUGGUGUUAAAGUGACAGAAAAAGCGGUAAAUGCUGCUACAAUUACUGUCGGAAAUCAGAACUUGGAACUUCAAAACUCAAGAUUUAAGGCUGAUGAAGAUGUUAGUCAACAAACAAAUAUAAAGCAAUCAAACGUUAGCUCCAGAAGUUCUCCAAAGAUUCCAGAACUAGGACAACAAACUCAGGCUUCUGUACACCCUCAGCUGACACAGAGUAACACACCCUCAGCCAGUAGCCACCGCACAGAUGAUGUACAAGAACUGUACUCUUGGUCAACUGCUGAAGAUCAUUCAUAUCCUGAUACUAUUAACAACCCAUAUUCAUUAGGUAAAGAUCCUUGUAGAAGUCUGCGAGAACCCAUGAGUGAAAAUACAGUUGGCGAUUUGCCAGAGACCAGUAGCCCAAACUCUCAGAAUAACAAUAAAAACUUACAGACAACUUCACAUAUACAUAUAGAUAAACGACAAAAUUCUGGUAAAGUAGAAGAAUAUUCCACAGUUUCCAGACUAGUGACAAAUAAAAGAAAACUGGACGAUUAUGCACAGUCACACACCACAGCCACCAGACCAACUUCAAGUAAACAUCUCGACAAUGAGUCUAGAAUCCUUCAACCAAUUAAAUCACUCUCAGAUAUAUGUGGUAUGACGAGGAAAUAUUUUGGUGUCGUCAGUUCCAAAGAGAAAGAAAAGGUUAUCUUCCUCGUUGGAGCUUCUGGUAGCGGGAAAACCACGCUUGUCAACUUCAUUGCCAGCUGCAUCAAAAAUGCCAAAAGUCCAUCUGAUGACUUGGUUUAUGUAGAGCCAAAUUCAAAGGAUGCAUACUUCCGUACAACAUCUAUUACUGCAUAUACAUUUUGCUUCAUGGAAAGUGAGACUCCUAUAACUAUCAUUGAUACUCCAGGUUUACACGACUCCUCGGGGCCACAAGUGGAUGAUCAGGUUCACUUACUUAAAACCUUCAUCGGAAAUGCUGCCUCAAACGGUCUUGAUAUCCAUGCUGUUGGUUUUGUAGCUCGGGCUCAUGAAGUGCGUCUUACCUCUUCAGAACGCCUCCUUAUGGACUAUUUGUCAACACAGUUUGGCCAGCGAGUUGCUCAUCACUUGAUCCCUUUUAUCACAUUUAUUGACAACCAGAAGGUUCCUCCAGUCGUCGAGGCAAUGAGGUCCUAUGGAAUAGAAUCCAAGUCCUUCUUAAAAUUCAAUAAUUCUAUGUUCAAUAGAAAUCCAGGGCAAGAAAUUGACGAAUUGGACAUGAUGUGCUGGAAGAUUGGGAACAAGAGCUGGAAGAAGUGUGACAUGAUCUUGCGAGAGCUGUCACCUCUCUCUGUUAAUACUUUUAAAGCCUCACAAAAUGCAGCUUAUGCCACAACAGUAAUGGACUCGGCUGUGAGUGAUCUGAAAGCUGAACUGAAGAAGUUCAUAAUUUCUUGUCAGAAUUCUAAAUGUAUGACUAAAGAAACAUUUGAGAGCUGUGAACAAGUAUGGGGGUUUGCCUCAGUUUUGCAUCACCUAAAAAGUGCUCAAGAGUCCGGCGUGUCUAGUGUAGAGAGCAUCUUAACAACUUGUGCAGAUGAAGUAUGUCAGGAAAAUGCUUCCCUCUCUAAACAAUGGGUCGAGCUUCUUUUACUGGCUCCCUCAAGAGGUCUUCUGGGUGCAGGAAUGGCGGCCAUAGACAGCCUUGGACAUUUUUAUAACCCGGCGAAGAAAUUUUCUCAGUCUAAAGACGAAACUAAGAAGUAUCCUGAAAUUCUUUUCUGUAUUAAAUGUCGGACAAAUCAUGAGACAGAAAGAGUAGAACCAACGAGCUCCUUUUCUAGCUUCUCGUCAGGUAAAGGUACCAUUACUUACAAAUGUAAAAAAUGUAGGUGUAAUGCGAGUGAACAUGUUACUGACAUUAACAAGAAGUCUCGGGCAUCAGUUCACCUUCCCCCAGAACAUAUACUUCGUUGCUCCAACAAGAUCAUUGAUGAUAUUCUACGGGAAAAUUGUCCAGGACAACUCAAGAUAAGUAAACACCAUUAUCUCCAACAUGUAAACAUUGCUCUGAAUAACAAAUUUAAAUUGUUAAUUGAUGAUCUUUUGUCCCAGAGAGAAGAUACUUCACUUGGGUAUCAUAAAUUAUAACUUUAUAUAGUAAGGCAGUCUUUACUAUUUCUUCAAUGUUGUUUAGACUUAAGUGGAUAUUGUACAUAACAGUCCUGAAUGUCUUAUCAUUGGCAAGAUAUAUAGCUCAGGGUACCUCAAAAGGCCAUAUACAUCAGCUGAAUGUCAUAAACGUACAUACAGAUUAGCAAUUCUCACACGUGAUCCCUCAUGAGUGUUUAUCAGUUCCUCUGCAUUGAUUCUAAAAGACCCAUUCUGAAAUAUUCUUCAGCUCGUCGAUGUAAGAGUACGACGAACAUUAGUUACAUCCUGUAUAACAUAUAUCUUGCACUUCAAGCUAUGUUAAUGAUUUUAGAAAAUGUUGUCAAGGUAGACGACAACUAUGGAACGUUACUGUUUAUUGAUUUGUAUAUCGGGAUAUAAAGAAAACAAAAUCUUUACUCUAAACCGUUUUCGUCACAAAUUGAUCAUUUACCAGUUUUUUUUUUUUUUUAAUUAUCAAUUUCACUUAAAGUUUAUUUUCACGAUAAUGGCAGUCUGGACCACUUUACUGAAGUUUGCAAAACACCAUAGGCUAUGGAAAUGACAAUUGCAGAAGCGUUAGUUAAAAAUAUAAAUAAAUACUGAGUGGUUUUGUAACUGAAAAAUAUCAGCGCCCUUCACACAGAAACGCACGCCAUUUUGCGACUGACAAACUCCGUCUCUUAAUAUCACGCGACUCCGAGAUUUCCGCUUAUUGGCUGAUUGUACUUUACAUGAAAUUUAAUAGUAAAGUUAUCUGUAAGAAUAUAAAUUUGCUAUAAAAAUGCUGUAAAGUAUUAGUAUUUAUUUCUUGGCUGUAUCUCUAUACAGCAUACAGUUCCGUGGUGGUCCUGUUUCGAAUCUUAACCAUUUACACAAGUCAUUUAACAAUGUCAUUUGUUCAUUUUCUUUUAUGUAGGAAAUACUGUACACAACAAUUAAUGUUUGUUAUAUACUGUACAAGUUCGAUAGAGCAGUGUACUGGAGGGUGUCAGUUUAGGGCCUUUGCUUGCCUAUAUACUGAUAGCGAGAGAUAAUUAAUGUAUGGGUUUAUAGUAAUCUGUACCGGAAUACAUUAUACUCUAGACCACCUUCCUAUUACCGUCUAUGCGUGUAUACAUAAUCCCAGAACCACCUCCCUCCCAAUCAGGUUCACGAGCGUUCUCCCACCCACACCAACAGAGUAGUAACGGGAAUAGAAAUGACGAGAAAUGAAGUGACUGGUCCUCCCACUGAAAACUUUUGGGGACUCAUGAAGAAAGAUUAGGGAGUAGAAUAGAAAACCAGGCAGUGUAUAGAGAGGAAAUGCAUGAAGGUGUGGGAACGGUUACGACAGAGACCUUAAUUAUUUGCUUACAUCUUGUCGACUUUGUUCCUCCCGGCUGUGUAGCAUGCUCAUUGAGGCAGAGGAUCGACUGGAUAUUGACAAAAUUGUAAGUUAUAUAAUACUUCAUAUAAACUAAUAUUGUGUCAUAACAUUGCUGUAUUUGAGUGCUGGCUUUGUGAUUUAUUAAUACACAGCUAAUAUUUGAAACCCUAUUGGGACAGUCAUAUUGGGAGAGAACAGGUGACGCAUUAUUUACAGUGGACAGAUAGUACUGUGUCCGUAACCCAUAUUGUGUGUUCAUUUAGAAAUAAAGUUAUAUCUCCAA